AUGUCAUCACAAUCACAAUACGACGAGAUUGGUCUCUCGUACGAAUCCCUCAAAGCCCAGCCGGCGGCCCUGGUGGAACGAGCCAACCUCCGGGCCGUCAUCACCCCAUUGUUGUUAUCAUCACCACGACGAGGAGGACGGCCGUCGACACAUCCAGAUGACCGUGACGAUGACGACGAAAAGGAAGAGGUGAGCGUGCUGGACCUGGCGUGCGGGACGGGUUACUAUUCCCGCCUCGUCUUGUCUUGGGGUGCAUCGCGAGUGGUCGGCGUCGACAUAUCAUCCGCCAUGAUCGAGGCGGCGAGGUCACAAUCCGAGGACUCGUCAAGAUUGACAUUCCUGGUCGGAGACUGUUCUCGACCACUUUCGUUGAAAAACGCAUGGUCGGAGAAAGAAGAACGAUUCGACAUCGUACUCGGCGCUUGGUUACUCAACUACGCCUCUUCACCUUCCGAUUUGGUGUCCAUGUUUGGAAAUGUAUCCUCCCACCUCAAACCGGGAGGUCACUUUGUCGGUGUCACGCCUCACCCGGCGACCGACCUGGACUCUUUUGCGGAACUGUUCGACCCUUCCAAAACGAAAAACCGCGACCGGGCAAAGUACGGAGCCACCGUGGAGUACACCGCAAAACUCCCGGGUGGUCAUGGGUAUCGGGCCAAAGUCACGGCUCACGUGAAACCGAGAGAGAUCUCUUUUGAAAGUUUCCAUCUCAAAAGAGAAGUGUACGAGAAUGCCGCGAGGGAUGGAGGGCUGGAAGGAGAAUUGAAGUGGGUGGAUGUUCAACUCCCGAGGACAAACGACGAGAGUAAAACCGGAUACGGUGUCGACUUGGACUUUUGGGAAGGAUAUCUCGAUGCUCCACAUUUUGGGAUAUUGGUUGUUGAAAAGUAG